AUGAUCACCACCCACUUUGCCGGCCUUUUCCUGGCCUCCAUGGUUGCAGCUGCACCGUUCAUGUCGGAGCGCGACUUGAACGCCACAGUGUGGACUCCUGACCAUGAGCUUCAACCGGACGAAGUGAUCGUCUAUGGCAAUGGGCGGAUGGAGGUCAUUCACGAGGACACUUGGCUCGCUCUCCUGGAGUCUGAGGGUGUUUCGGUCGGAACACCCGAGGUCGACCACGCCUAUCUCGACGCUCGCGACCUCGCUACCUCAGAGGCUGAGAGCCACGUCCUCCAGACCCGGCAGUGUGCGUCAACCACGUCGUUUGUCACCGACAGGACGGAACGAUUCAUCGACUGGGACGUGCAGAUGUCCCCCGUUGUCCUCGGUGUGGGAAACGGCUUGACUGUUGCCGUUGCUUCGAGCUACAGCGUCAGCAACAGCGUUUCCGUAUCUGCUGGCCUUGAUCUCAAGUUCAUCAAGGACAGGCUUGGCGGAACCCUCGGCAUCAACUACUCACGUACCUGGACCACCCAGGCCUCCGUCACCCUGUCUGGCGUGGUAGCUGACGGACAGGCCGGUGUUUGGAUCACCAAGCCUUGGACUACUCGCCGUUACGGCCGUACUUUCCAGGGCUGUAUCGGCUCGCUGCGCCAGACGGGUACUUUCAUGGCUGACUCGCACGACGAGGGCAGCUAUGAGGGCGUGAGGUGGGUUUCUGGUGGCAUUUCUAUGUGCCUCAAGAGGCAGCGUACUCUUCCACUGACCCGCUGCAAUGGUUCGGGCGCUUUCCGUUAA